UCACGGGGAUGAGGUCCUGAGGCAGAGGUGGGUGUGGUGUUGGGAACCUCCCUCUGGUUCCACCUGGUUUGCAUCCUCCGUACUUGCCUCCCCUUCCCUCCUCUUCCCGAGACGGACCAAAAGCAGGGGCACCGCAUGACGAAACGGCAGUGGUUGAUCUCGUCGCCCUCUUGAAAGACGAAACACAGCAAUACCCCCGGUUUCCACCCCCUUGUACCCCCUCUUUGGCCAACCCCUUUUGCCACCCCCUCCCCCCUCUUCCCCCCCCCCUCUCCCCCUCCCGUUCAAGCGGCCGGAGGAGGGCAGUUCGGUGCCGGGUUUCAUUCCCUUUCCGCCAUAUCUCUACCUGUCUCUCCCGCACUGUUGUGCCCUUGACGUCGUCGUCCUCAUCGUCUCGUAGUCACGGUUGCUCUCCCUCUGCGUAGGAGCUCCAUCUCCCUCUGCCGUCUUCCUCUCUGGUCGCCCUCUUGCGAAGCCGGCAGUCUACCAACGUACGCCAGGGGAAGAACAGGGCAGCGGUGCGCAAUGCGGGUAGGGCAAAACUGUGCGGGGGUGUACGUGCGAGGCGACAGGCCGACGCGCAGGACGAUUUGGUAAGGCGGGCUAAGCAAAAAGCAGGAGGGGGGCGGCAGAAGCGCGGGUACCCUACACACUCGCUCUCUCUCUCUCUCUCUCUCUCUCUCUGUGUAGUGGAAGACGGUUCUUUUCUCGACUCUUUUCUCCUUGCUUCGUUCGCCUGCUUUAGUCCUUGCUCAUCGUUCUGUUCUGUGUUACGGAGAGUGUUCUUGCAUUUUUACCGUGUUGUUUCCCUCUUCUUCGCUGCCGUCAUUUUCUGGAUUACGGUCUUUGCCGCCGUAUGAACAGUCGCACGUGUCGCACGUGAUCGGGGGAGCAGAAGAACGUCGUUUGCUUGAGGUUGCUGGUGUGACCUCUUAUUGCCGAAGAAGGAGGUUUUAGGUCGUGUCUCGCCGUCUCUAGCGAAAAUGACGCACAAGCCGGAUGACGAAUAUGACUAUCUCUUCAAGGUCGUUCUCAUCGGGGACUCGGGUGUAGGAAAAUCUAAUCUCCUCUCGAGAUUCACAAGAAAUGAGUUUUGCCUGGAGUCGAAAUCGACGAUCGGUGUCGAAUUCGCUACAAGGAGCAUUCAGGUCGAUGGAAAGACCAUUAAGGCGCAGAUCUGGGACACUGCUGGGCAGGAGAGGUACAGGGCUAUCACCAGUGCGUACUACCGAGGUGCUCUUGGUGCGCUCCUGGUCUACGACAUCACCAAGCAUGUUACGUACGAGAAUGUGGAGCGAUGGUUGAAGGAACUGAGAGAUCAUGCAGAUAGCAACAUCGUGAUAAUGCUGGUGGGAAACAAGUCCGACUUGCGGCACUUGAGAGGGGUCUCCACGGACGAUGCACAGGCUUUUGCCGAAAAGGAGGGGCUGUCCUUCAUUGAGACUUCAGCCCUGGAGUCUACAAAUGUUGAAACUGCCUUUCAGAAGAUUCUGACAGAGAUCUAUCGUGUUAUGAGCAAGAAAGCUCUCGCGGCGGACGACACCAGCGCUGCUGGUCCCGGCGAGGGUACGACCAUCCACGUUACCGACCCUGAUCAGCGUGAUGCGAAGAAGAAGUCAAAAAAUUGCUGUUCCACAUAAAGGGAACACAUUGGUCCCUCUCCUGUGCAGUGAGGUCCCGUCGAUGGUUUCUUUCCUUGAGAAGAAGUGCCCUCUUUUUAAUAAUAAAGAUGUGCGUGCUCAUCUUUGAAAAAAGGCAGGCCUUUGGUUGAGUCUACGAAGGGGAACAUCAUAUGGCAAUGAUGACGGCAAGACCGGCCAAUGAUCAUUUUGGGUACGUGGUUCUCUCUCUGUUGUGCAAAUGAGAUGUACUGGGCAGUCGUGGAUGGUUGCUGGGAAACCGGGAGAGCAAUGGAAGCCUGCUUAGAACUAGGUGAGACAUGUGGGAAUGUUUGGCUGGUCAAUGAUCAUUUUGGGUAGGUGGUUCUCUCUCUGUUGUGCAAAUGCGACGUACUGGGCAGUCGUGGAUGGUUGCUGGUAGACUGGGAGAGCAAUAGAAGCCUGCGUAGAACUAGGUGAGACAUGUGGGAAUGUUUGGCUGGGUGGACGGAAAGGUUUAGUUGGAUGCAAAUGUCAGAAUAGUGGCCAUUACGCAGCAGGUGAUUGAUCAUCUGUGGGCACCGGUGGGGGGGACUGAUCGGUAGUGGUGGUCCGGGGGGAAAUCAUGACGGAGAUGCGGAUGGGCAGCGGCUGCUGACCUGUGGCUGGACGGUAGGACUUGGGUAGUGGGUAAUAAAGAGAAGCCCGUCGGAUGGUUAAGAUAAACUGUGUUGCCCGGUGUAGCAAGGCUUGCUAGAGUGUGUGCGUGCUGCCUGCUGCUGUCGCCGUCUGUAGGGAAGCUGCUAUUGGAUUUGCUGUGAGUGGACAAAGUGCCAAAGAGCAUUGGAGGACGAGUUGGCCUCCAUGAAGGGUAGAGAGCGCAAAAGUGAUGAAAAGCAAAAUUGUAGUCCUUAUGCUGUGGACGACGUGAGAAGGAUCCAUCAAUCCGUGUCGUGGUUUAGUAGUCCGGCCGAUGAUGAAGAUGUUUGCUGGCACUUGGACAUGAGGAGGUCUUAAAUGAGAGCGGAUAAAAGCUGUGCACAAGGGUUUGCGAAAGGGUCUGUUAUCUGCUGGAAGAGCCUGCGGCGAGCGGCAUUGUGAGCGAGUGCUUGGGAGGAGAGGGUCUGACGUACAAGAUGGGUUGCUUGGCCAACUGGAAUGGAAUCCCUACGUUGGUGAGAUGGGAUUUCGCAAGCAGGUUGGGCGGUGCUCUUGUGGAAAUGGUAGGUGGAAUGUAAUUUGGGGGUAAGCACCACUGUUGAAGCACGCAUAAAAGUAGUACAGAGGGUUCCUUAUCUCUUGUGUGUUUGCACAACCAUAUCCAACACGACCGACCUCCAGGCAUAUCUAGGCUAGUAGCUGGGUGGGUGCUGUGUCUCAUGUCUCUGGCCUGUUCUAGUGCAAUAACUCUGUGGGGAAGUGUUGGAAUUUAAAGCCUCGUUUGCGCAGGCUUGGGAGACGUGUUGUGGCAGCUGUCUUGUCUCACAAUUCUCUUGCUGCUGCAUCACCACGUGGUGCUCUUUGGGAGCCAGGCGCAGCGCGGCCUUGCGGUCAUCUUCAGAAGUUGGUCGUCUCCUCCAGCUCUACACUGCUUUCACUGGUGUAGUAGACAUGUUCCUGUGCUGGUUUCAGUUUGCUCGUAGUUUUCUUCGUUCCUCUCCUCAGCCCUGAUGCAUAGAUAUAUGGGCUGCAAUCUUUUUCGGCUUUGUCCUCGUUGCUCAGAUUCCUCUCACAACACUCCUUCGGCUUAGAUAUGUGGGCUGGGAUCUUUUUCUGCUUGCUAUCGGCCCUGAUGCCCUUGUCGAGAAUGUGAGGUACUGUUUGCGGCGCUGCCGAAUGCUGGGGUGUAAGUGCAAUUUCGUUUUCGUUGUCCCAUCUCUCGUUCCGGGGUUGUGCCCUGGAUGCUGCGUUUGCCGGUGCUGUGUGCUGCUUUCUGUGUGGUGUGUGAUGCAAGAACAUCUGAAUAUUCUUGGUGGAGUUUUCAUGUUUUCCGUAGUUCUUUAAUCAUUAUUGGCACUCUUGAUUUGGGAGUUGCUUUUUAAUGAGUAGAGCCAGUGAUUGGAUGCUUAACCAUUCAUACAGUUUCUUCUGCUGUGUCUUCUUCGAGUCCCUGGUCCUGGGAUAUCCGGUCUGUUUGUGGCUGCAAAGCCGUAAUUGACAAGGAACAACCUUUUUUUUUUUUUUUUUUUUUUUUGCUUGCUUCUUUAGGUAAUGUUUCCUCCUCUGCUUUUCGCUAGAAUAAGUCUCCAUGCAUUGGAACGUGCAAUUAAAAAGCAUCGCGGUGAUUGUUUUUUUGUCGACGUCUUUGGAGCUUUGGUUCUUGAAUUUUGUGCGUUGUGGCGCUCUGGAACCGUAUUAAUAUCUUGUUCGUCUUUUGUCAGUGACUCAGUGCUCUGCAACUCCCUUCGACAACUGAUUGCCUUUUCCGCGUGUGGUCCCCUAAGCCGCAGUUGUUGGUCUGCAGAACAGUAGGCCAGACAAAUAGUGCUCUCAAAUCUUGAUGGGAUUACAAGCAGAGCGCAUGGUUGACGAUGUGGAACGGGACCGCCAGUGUAUUGAUCGAAAGAGUGUACUGAGCUUUUGUCGCUUAUCGGUGGGGACCGCGACGUGUAGUGUGUCGUCAUUGUGCAUGUGAAUGGUUGCCUCAGAAUCGUCACCCGUUCUUGAAGGUACAGUCUGGAAACCUUGGGGGAGGUGUGAACUUGUUUCACACUGGAUGGUCUAUAAUUUAUCAGGCUCAUUUUGGGCAGGAAAGGGAUGUGAAUGAGGUCAGAUCUUAUAUUUUGUCGAUCUGUUGUCGGUGGUGUCAGUGGUUGAGCGGGUUUUCUUAGAACGGACGCAGUCGGGGACAAUCGAGCAUGUUUCGGUGUGAGGAGGUGCCUCUUCUAAUGUGUGCACAAGAGCUGGAUGGGGUACGGUACAGGUCAGCUCUCUAAUGUGCAAAAAAGAGCGAGCACCUUACAGUUGAGUUUAGUUGAUGAUGCAAAUGCCAGAAGAGAGUUGUGAAGAGGAGAGAUGUGCACAAAACUCUGCGCACUGGGGAUAAACCUUCUGUGAACAGUCUGGUCGUGGUUUUCAUGCGCGAAGAGGACAAAUGCGCACAAAACUCUGCACGCUGCGGACAAAUAUUCUGUGAAAAGUCUGGUCAUGGUUUUCUCGCGCUAACCCAAGGUACGUGUUGUUGUUAUGGGUUAGCUUGAGGGUGGUGGCAUAUGCUCAGCCUGGGAUGUAGAAAGGAGUUGGUGGUGUGCUACUUCAAAACAUUCGUAGGGGAAACAAACGAAUGAAAGCCAUCGUGGGAGCGGAUCGGAAAUAAACGUUUCUGUGAUGUAGGGUAAGAUUGGAAUUCCUGGUCUAUCGCCGUACGAGUUUUUGCUCGGCUAGAUAAUAUGCAUGACAGAUAAUAAAGAUAAUGCUGCUGAACAAAACAAACUUGGGUUAUUGGACGGGUCUCAUUUUCCGUGAGAAAACUUCCUGGAUUCAAUUGUCGAUAGAACUGUACCGGAAAACCGACACAGGUGAGCAAGUAGAGUAUACAAAGGCGCGUGAUGUAAUGACCAUGUUGAAGGAACUCAGCAAAAUGAGUUUGUAGCUUCGGUAGGAGUGCUUUUCUUUGCAAAAACAGACAAAAGUGGCACGUAACUGGGGGUAGCGACAGUGGCAUUCUUGUUGUUGUAGAAGGGAUUAACUCGGACUUUCUGCAUGCGGGUUGGCGAUGACAGACCGCUGGUGACGAAGCAUUGCUAUUUGCGAACUGGUGUGUAUGAUCUUGGUUUCGGUGUCGUGUGUGAAAGGCGUACCAGCUGGGAUUGGCGCUUGUUCAUUGGAAGUGAAUGCAUUAGUGGCAUAACUGCUCUGUGUCUGCUCAGCCGUAGCGGGUGUACGCCGAAGUUUCAGGAGUUAAUUUUCUUCAACGCUUUGAAUUGUGGCCUCUCCCUCCCCCGCCCAAUGAGGGAACUCUAAGGUUGCAGAAUUUCUGUAAACAGUAGACAUGAUAGGUAUAGAUCAGAUGUUAAGUGGCAUUGGAAGUGAAUGCAUUAUCGGCCUAACUGCUCUUUGUCUGCUCAGCUGUGGCGGGUGUAUGGCGAAGUUUCAGGAAGUGUAUUUUCUUCGCUUUGAAUUGUCUCCYCCCCCCCCCCCCCUCUCACCCAAUGAGGAGAUUCUGAGAUCGCAGAAUUUGUAUAAACAAUAGACAUGAUAGGUGGAUCGGACGUGCCUUGGGCAUGCGAUUGGUGAUUGACAAAAGUGGAAACGAAGACUCGUCCCACUCGGUAGCAAUGCUUGCCGCGCUUGCAGCAACAUGCCUGUCGUCUCCACCUGAAUACAAAGCCCAGGUGUCACCGCUAUAACUGGGGCAACUUUGAG